AUUUGCUUGUCCUUCUUUCUUGUAUACUUGCAACAAAUCCCCUGACGAUUGCUCAAUUCUGUUCCAAUAAUAAUUUCACCACAAACAGCACGUACGGCAUAAACCGCAACCUAAUUCUCUCUUCCCUCCCCUAUAAUGUCACCACAAACAGCACGUACGGUGAAUUUUACAUCGCCACUGUCCCACGACUCCCACAGCAAGACUCCGACAAUCUAUGCUCCCGCACUCUGCAGGGGUGACCGUACCAACCAAAGUUGUUUUGAAUGUGUCAAUUCCUCGAUCCAGGCUAUAAUGACGAAAUGUCCAAACCAAAAAGAUGCGGUUGAUUUUGGAUCAACUUCUCAUUGUAUUACUCCCCCCAAGACAGAAGCACUCUUUUCUUUAUCUAAGACAGAAGCAAACAGAUAACGAUUCCAGAUCUGGGGGAGGGGGGCCUCCGCCUCUCCCACCGUCCUCCCCCGCUCCCCCCUGCCCUCCUCGCCUCUCCUCUCUCUCUUCGCCGUGUUCUCCAUGACCUGUAGGUUUCGGGUGGCGGCUCGUUAGGACGGCAAGGGAUCCUUCGACCAGCUUCGCCGGCGGAUGGUGACUCCUCUGUCCCGUUCCUCUUCCAUCGUCUCCAGAUCUGUUUUGUUCCUGGUCCGACGACGAGUAUAAUAAGGUGUGCAGUUGGUGUUUGCGGUUUUCGUUUUUCUUCGGGUUUUUUUUUUCAGUUUUCCUUUUCUAUCGGCGAGUAUCCCCUGUUCGAUUCUGUACCAGUCUGGGUAUUCCAGAUCUGGUGGGUGAUGGUGGUGGGCGAAUAAUACGGCGCCUAUUGAGGAAUGGUUCGGUGUUGGUGGUCUCUGGAUGUUUGUUUUGGGGGUGGUGGGUUUUGAUGGUGUUGGUGGGGUUGGUGGUGUUUGUUUGGGCUGAGUAGCAUUCGGCUGGAUGAAGACUGGUCUUCGGUCGCCAUGGUCCGGUGUUUCGACUCUCAUUCUGUUUAGGCCGGUGACUCUGUGGUUUUUGUCCAUAAGACCUGUUAGAUUCUAGUUGAUUUUGUUGUUGUUUUACCUUCAAAUUUCAGCGAUGCUUAUUUGUUUAGGGUUUGAGCUGUGGAUUUUUUUAAAUCCUCUGUAAUCUAGACCAAGAUUGGUUCUUAUGUAUCGGUGUUAUCGCGGAGCUUGCUUCGGCAGUAGGUGCCGGAUCGACAUUUAGAUUACUUUGGUUCUUUCCUGUAUUUGUUCUGGAAUUUGUUUUUGCCCGAUGGACUUAUGUUGAAUGAAUGACUCUUUUCAAAAAAAAAACUUCUCAUUGUAUUGUCCGGUUCUCUAACAAGUCGUUUUUCACAUCCAUGGACUUGCAACCGGCCAUAGUCGUGUAUGCAGGAAACAUUACAGACUGGAUCGAUGAAUUCGAUAAGACCUUGGAUGAUUUGGUCGAUGAGCUGAUAAACAGGGCGGCUGAGGGUAAUUCUUCCCUUAAGUUUGCAACGGAUGAGAAAAAUUAUACCCAGUAUCAGUAUGAGAAUAUUGUGUACGGACUAAUGCAGUGUGUCCCUGGUCUUUCACCUGGUGAUUGUACCAGUUGUCUAAGGGCAGCGGUGGAAAUUUACCAGAACGGUUAUUUGAGGAGGCCGCUCCAGCCUAACUCCGACCAGAAACCCGACGCCCAGGCAGCCAACACCACCACGCAACGCCGACCAUGUGUAAUCUUUCUAACAAUAAUUCUAUUACCCUUUCGGUUUUUUGAAUGUAGUAGAUUUGUGCCUUUCACAUCUUUUUCUUCCCUUUAAUAAGUUGGAGGAGAAAAAAAGUAGUAACGUUAUUUGUGAUUAUUGAGAAGAUAUUCCGAAAGGGUGCGGACUAUAAUCAGGAAAAUU